CCACACUUCCAUCCAUUUCUCACAAAAAAAACACUCUCUCACUCACUCUCUGCUUUAUUUUCUCUUAUUUGAGGAAAACCUUUUUCCCAAGAAUUUGAAUUCCAAAGAAAAGAGAAAAUGCGUGAGAUUCUUCACAUCCAAGGUGGGCAAUGUGGGAACCAGAUCGGAGCAAAGUUCUGGGAAGUGGUGUGUGCCGAACACGGCAUAGAUCCAACCGGGAAGUACCAGGGAGACUCAGAUCUACAGCUCGAGAGAAUCAACGUUUACUACAAUGAAGCAAGCUGCGGUCGCUAUGUUCCUCGUGCUGUUCUCAUGGAUCUGGAACCUGGUACCAUGGACAGCAUCAGAUCUGGUACCUACGGCCAGAUCUUCAGGCCAGACAACUUCGUUUUCGGCCAAUCCGGCGCUGGUAACAACUGGGCCAAAGGCCAUUACACUGAAGGAGCUGAACUCAUCGAUUCGGUUCUCGAUGUGGUUCGUAAAGAAGCUGAGAACUGCGAUUGCUUGCAAGGGUUUCAAGUGUGUCACUCACUAGGAGGAGGAACUGGGUCUGGAAUGGGUACCCUUUUGAUCUCAAAGAUCAGAGAGGAAUACCCAGAUCGGAUGAUGCUUACUUUCUCGGUUUUUCCAUCUCCGAAGGUCUCAGAUACUGUUGUUGAGCCUUACAAUGCAACCUUGUCUGUUCACCAACUCGUUGAGAACGCUGAUGAGUGUAUGGUUCUUGAUAAUGAAGCUCUAUACGACAUUUGCUUCCGCACACUCAAGCUCACUACCCCAAGCUUUGGAGAUCUGAACCAUUUGAUAUCUGCAACAAUGUCUGGAGUGACAUGCUGUUUGAGAUUCCCUGGGCAGCUUAACUCUGACCUUAGAAAGCUUGCUGUGAAUUUAAUCCCCUUCCCUAGGCUCCACUUUUUUAUGGUGGGUUUUGCUCCUUUGACCUCCAGAGGUUCCCAGCAGUACAGAGCACUUACUGUCCCAGAGCUCACCCAGCAAAUGUGGGAUGCAAAGAACAUGAUGUGCGCUGCUGACCCACGACAUGGCCGCUAUCUCACUGCCUCAGCUAUGUUCCGUGGCAAAAUGAGCACCAAGGAGGUGGAUGAGCAAAUGAUCAAUGUGCAGAACAAGAACUCUUCUUACUUUGUGGAAUGGAUUCCCAACAACGUUAAAUCCACUGUCUGUGAUAUCCCACCAACAGGCUUGAAAAUGGCCUCCACUUUUAUUGGUAACUCAACCUCUAUCCAGGAAAUGUUCCGUCGUGUGAGUGAGCAGUUCACUGCUAUGUUCAGGAGAAAGGCUUUCUUGCAUUGGUAUACAGGGGAAGGUAUGGAUGAGAUGGAAUUCACUGAGGCUGAGAGUAACAUGAACGAUCUGGUUUCUGAGUAUCAGCAAUACCAGGAUGCCACUGCUGAUGAGGAUGAGUACGAGGAGGAGGAAGAGGAGGAAGUUGAUGGCAUGUAAUGUGAUGUUGGUGUACUUGGUAUUGAAUUGAUGUAUUGAGUUUUUCAUUGUGGGAGAGUAUUGAAUGAAUGCAUAAAUGCCUGCACUCCUGUUUGCCUGUCUCUUGCAAAAGGUUGUGUGGAUUGUUCCUGUUCCAGUAGCUGUAGGUCAAUCUUUUUAGCAUUACUCAGUCUCAAGUUUGUUUCUGGUUUGUUAUGUACUUGGGGAGUAGGGAAUGGGGUAAAGGGAACAAGGACCCAUUAUAUAUGUUUAUAUGAGAUUUUAAGUUGAGGGCUCA